AUGCUUUUAGACGAUGAACGUUUAAAAUCAAUACUCGCAGAUGUAGCAAAGAAACUUAAGGUAGAUAAAAAAUGGAGAUACGUCAUAAAGAAACUAGAUGAAGAAAUAGUCAAUUAUUCUGGUAACUUGAGACUUAUAUCUCUGAUUGACAAAACGAAUGACAAAGUAUACAAAUUGAUAUGCAAAACUCCACCAAAUUGGGCUAUUGCGAGUAUAGUUGAUGCAAUUGUCAUCAAUGAGUAUCACGCAUAUUCUACUCUGUUCCCUAUAUUCAAAAGUUUGAAAAGCAGCGUAGAUGUCGACAAUUUGUUUCCGGAAUGUUAUUAUAUAGAUUCCAAACCAGAUAAUAGGGUGCUGGUAUUUCAAGAUAUGACGUCAAAAGGUUUCGAAAGACGCCAUGGAAAUAAUUUUGACUUCAACCACAUGACCGUGACUUUGGAGACAAUAGCUAAAUAUCACGCGCUUUCUUUUAUUUUAAGAGAAAAUGAUAUUAGUAAUGUAUAUGCGAAUAGGUUAAAAUCAUUUUCGGAGAAGCGUCCUGAAUGUUUAUUUGAGUUCAUAAAGCAUUUUGUGGAUGAGUGGUUGCCGGUAUUUAAAGAUAAAUAUUAUGUACAUGUCUUGGAAGGCAUAUCGAAGAAUAUUGAGAGGAAUAUGGAAGAAUGUGUCGCCAAAGCAAAAGGAUUGGUGUACGGACACGGGGAUUUGUGGAAAGAAAAUAUUUUAUUCAAAUAUUCAGUAAGUAUUGUUUAUUAUCACACAUAG